AUGAUGGCAGGAAGUAGUGACCUAUCCGGUGGUACUGGUGAGAAGUUGACAAAUGCAACAAUAGUGGUAGCUGGUUCUGCUGCAUUGCUUGCCUCUUUACUAUCAAUCGUGUCGGUUUGGUUGCAAACUAAAAACUAUCGAAAACCUCUUUUACAACGCUAUGUCAUUCGAAUCCUACUUAUGGUACCGAUAUACUCAAUCUCGUCAUGGACUAGUCUAGUUUCUAGAGAGGCAGCGAUGUUUAUCGAUCCUAUUCGUGAUGUGUAUGAGGCUUUCACAAUUUACACUUUCUUUCAACUCCUUAUAAACUUCCUCGGGGGUGAACGAGCAUUGAUUAUUAUGAUGCAUGGACGAGAACCGGUUCACCACCUUUGGCCAUUGAACCACGUCUUUCCUAAGGUCGAUAUAUCCGACCCUCAUACAUUUUUGGCCAUCAAGCGCGGAAUUCUACAGUAUGCUUGGCUGAAGCCCCUUCUUGGACUUUCAGCUAUAAUCAUGAAAGCUACUGGAGUAUAUUCUGAGGGUACCAUUUCCUUAACCUCUGGUUAUAUGUGGAGUGGUAUUAUUUAUAAUAUUAGUGUCACACUAAGUCUAUAUUCACUCGGAAUGUUUUGGGUUAUCAUGUCUAAAGAUUUACAACCUUUUCGACCUGUACCGAAAUUUUUGUGCAUCAAGCUCAUUAUAUUUGCCUCAUACUGGCAAGGAUUUCUUCUUUCGAUCCUGGUCUUUCUCGGCGCAAUUCCAGACAAUGUGGAGGAUUAUACAGCCGAUAGUCUCGCUGCGGCAAUACAAGAUGCCUUGAUCUGUAUCGAGAUGCCUAUUUUUGCCAUUGGACAUUGGUAUGCCUUUUCAUGGCACGACUAUGCAGAUGUCACUAUAUCUGCAGCUAGAAUGCCGGUCCGCUACGCUAUUCGGGAUGCCUUUGGCAUUCGUGAUCUCAUUGAGGACACGAAAGAGACAUUCAGUGGAAAGAAAUAUGAAUAUCGGUUAUUUGAUUCAGGGGACAACGUCUUGGCCCAUGAAGGAUCUUCGUCAAGAGUAGCUCGGAUGAUGGAAGGUAUGCGAUACGAGCGUGGUGGGAAAGGAAAGUAUUGGAUUCCCAAACCAGGCGAAGCAACCGCAAGAACACCGUUGCUUGGAAACAAUGCCGGAUCUCCUGGAAGCCAAUCUCCCGUACAACCCCGUGAUGGCGAUUCUGAUUACAUGGGGUGGGGAGACGGUGGGGUAGAACAGCAAGGUCUUGAUCCUGAAGAAGAAGGUCUUUAUGAGAGAGCUAGACAACUGGAAUUCGGGGAUUGGAACUAUCAUGUGAUUACUGCUCAUGAACCGUCAAGGGAAAGAUGGCUCACUGGGCAGCCUGAUCUUUUGACAACCUCGGCAAAUCGUCAUCUCCUUCAGCCUACUGAUGACAAUCGUAUCCGAAGAGCCAGUAACAUUAGAGAAACGGUCGAGGAUGUCACUAAACGAACUAAGAGAAAGUCUUCAAGGAACAGUCGAAGCAGAGAUUCCAAAGGCAAGAAUAAAGAAAAUUCGCCGCUGAGUGAAGAAGGAAGAGCGCCAAUGCUCAAAGGCAUGUUGCGACAGCAUUCGUCUGCCUCUAGUUCAGCCAAAUCCGACAGAAGCCAAUUAGUCGAUGUCAUAGUCGAGGAUACUGCGGCAGAAGAAACCGAAAGAGUUCGGGCUCGCAAAGAAGGAAGCUCGGGAUGGAAUGAAACUGAGCCCCGACGUUUUGUGCGAACAUAUGGAGAUGGUACAGGUGAGGACAUCCGGGAAGGAUUCGAGCCCAAUGAUGAUGCAGAGGCUGUGGAUUCCAAGCCAGGUGUUGAUGAAGAGUUCGCAGUUGAUGGGGAUAAGAAUCAUGGUAGUGAUCAGGACAACUCGGAGGAAUCACGCCAUUGGAAUGAAGCUCGACAAGAGAAUGUGUUAUUAAAGCCUAAAUACGGAGUUGACGGAGAGGCGUUUGAGAAUGUUUGGGGUAGUGGAGAACCAUCGACUCCUCCACGGGAAAACCCCUGA